AUCACUUUUGGGAUGCUCUACAGUUGGACAUCCGUGACCGGGCUACUUACCAUCACAGUAUGACAUUUAGUCAAAUCGUUGAUCAGGGGCUCCUCGGGGAAGCCCAAUGGAACGAGAGGAAGUUGAGGGACGCCGAGGAGGCGAAGAAAGGAAGAUGGGGAAACGCUGGACCCCAAGACCACUCCCGGAAGCAUCAUGCUGGGGGUGGCAGUUCAUUCAGGGCGCCGGCACCACCGGCGAAAAGGAAUAAAGGCUCAGGAGGGCAAGGGGCCAAACCAGGGAGUACAUGGUCACCGAGGUGUGCAAACUGCGGCAAGAAUCAUGCGGGGAAGUGCAAUGAACCACCCCGGUGUUACAAAUGCGGUAGCACGAGCCACCUCAAAUCCUCUUGUCCAAUGCUGAACGGGGGAGGACCAUCGGGAGCCAUGGGAAGAUCUACGACUAGUAGGGGACGUGCGGGGCCGUCUCAGACUGGCACGGGAAGGAGCGGACCCACGGCUAGCAACGCCGCGUCCGUUAACCAAGGGAGGACCCAAGCACGGGUGUAUGCAAUGACCGAGGCUGAUGCUCGGGCCAACCCAGACUCCAUUGCAGGUUGAGGCUAGAGUCCUACUACCUGCACCUUUGCCUAGGGUGACUGAUCGAGAAGGAAGACGUGGUUCGUGCUUCCACUCUUAUUUCAAAUGUAUAAACCCCUCAUGGAUUUUUGAACAAUAUUUUCAUUAAAACAAUUGGGGGCCUGCGUGCCCGUGUUUGCCACGUGUGGCUAAGUAUCAAACAUUUUAUUAUUCCGCAUUUGUUUGAUUAUGAUAUUGAUGUUGAUUGUAUGUGUUUACUAAUCGGUUUGGCAAUAGAAUCGAUCGGACGCCUUGUACAAUCCAAUAGGGGUGAACUGUUGUUGUUCCUAUUGGGUUGUACGGCGGUUGUCUACGUGGCUCGG